AUGAAUUUCAGACUACUCCUCCCGAUCUGUGCGUUAUUGACAUUCACAACAUUUUUGUUGACCAUUAUUGCUACCUCGGGUUCUACCUCGAAUUAUAAACCAAUAACGAACAUUUACAUCGGUAAUGCUGAUAUCUCAAAAAUUAAUGUUACAAAAGUUAUGCCACAAGUUGGCCCAAUUUUGACCGUGUUAGGUUCCGCAUUGAGUGCUCCAAAUACAACGGUAGACAGUAUUUUUGGCGCUCUGAAAGCCAUCGCUUCUACUGAGGCUUUGUCUCCUCUAUUGCACUUAUUGUCCAAUGCUGCUGACACUGCGACUACAUUAUCGUCUUUGACAAAUUUGGCUCGAAUGGCCUUAUCAAGUUCCAAUGCUGGUACCACUGCCGCCUUCUCUGCCCUUGAUGAGUUGUUGACCACCUCCAAAAAUGCAACCGAACUCUUGGGUGGUUUCAGCACAUUGGUAUCGUCUAUGUCAACAAAUGCUACGUCUAAUUCCUCUUCUUUGGAAAGUACUGUUUUAACCCUAUUAGUCGAUUCUACAAACCCUAUAGGCACUACUGAGUCUUUGAUUACUUUGAAUAAUAUGACCAGCGAAGAAAAGAUACAAUUGUUGCCUGUAUUUGAGUUGUUUGGAAAUUCAAAAAACACAACUGCUACAUUAGAUGCAUUAGGAACCAUAAUGAACUCUACCAUUCCAACUUCAUUGGUUUCCUCAUUGUUCAAUUCUUUAAACACAAGUAUUGCGAAGGGCAAUAAUGUCACCGAGACAAUUACACAGCUAGGUUCGAUGGUUCCUGCCACUUUGAAACCAGCUGUACAGGCUGUUAUUACUUUAUUUGAUGAAACUACAUCUCAAAACGUAACUUUGUCCGUAUUGAGCACUAUGAUUUCUGAGAACAUAACCGAAUCGCCUUCUGCUAAAGUUGCUAUGGUUGCCCUAACUGAUUUAUUGGAUUAUAGUACAAACCAAACAGAACUUCUUUUAUCUGUUGAAGGUUUAGCUGCCUCAAGUGAAGCCGCUUCCUCUACUAAUCAAUUAGUGGCACUUGAUGAAAUACUUUCUAGCAGUGCUAACGCAUCCACAGUCGUUUCCCUAGUUCCAGCCUUGGAAUCUCAACUGGCCAAAAACACCGCAUUGCUUCAAUAUGUUCCAUAUUUAUUCAGUCUACUAUCUGCAUCUAAAGACCCAGUAUUGAGUUUCUCAUCUUUGGUCAACAUCACCAAGUGGGCAGAGACUAACGCUGCUACCUUUUCACCAAUGUUGAAAAUUCUGAACUCCGCUGAAAAAGUGACGGCAAUCACACCAGAAGAACUUAAGGAGAUAACUCCUUCUAUCCUUGAAUAUUUGCAAAUUCCUGUCAAUUAUCGUUUAUCCAUCUUCACGAUGUGUCGUGCUCACUUAAACAAAACAAUGUAUUCGUGUAGUAAGUCACACGCAGUUCAAAACAUGGAUUUCAGAUCGAUUGUGUACGAUAACAUCGAAGGAUCAGAAUUCAAGCCUUAUAUGGAUGCUUUGAAUAUUGGUAAAGAUGAUCUACAUUUAGAUGGUCAAUUACAAGACAGACAACACAUGUAUGUUCCUGCAGUCAGAGCUGCUUUGGCCAUGAAUUUAUUGUGCAUCAUCAUCACCUUCUUCCUAAUGAUAUACCUGCUCUUGUUAAGUAGACGUUCUGUGGUCAAUCAAAAACAAUGGUUAGUGUUAGGAUUCAUUUCCUGUUGGGUAUGUAUUUUCAGCGGGUUGGGUAGUACCAUCUUCAGCGUUAUUCUCAAUCUCAUGAAAUCCGGUAGCAAAAAGGAUGAUUACGACGUCAUAAUUUCCGGUUCUUCUCCAUUUUAUGGUCUCAUGUGGUCUGGUUUUGUAUUAGCUGUCCUUGUAUUUCUCUGCAUUGCAUACUGCUGGUGGAUCAGCAGAAGAGGGGCCGGCGUUGUUGAAGCUGAAAAAACUGUUCAAGAAAGUGAUUCAACUUCAAGGAUCAUUGAAGAGCAUGAAAGUAUCAUUGAUGCUGAAAAGAACUUCUCUAGGUAA